AUGAGGGAGGAGCGGCAGCUGAGAGCGGGAGGUGAGGUCCGAGGUGCUGGAAGGAAUCCAGAGAGAGGAGGGGAGGAAGGGCAGGUGAGUGAGCGAACAGAAAAUCUGAAUGUAGCUGGAUGCAAGCUUUUCAGUUUUGGAAAAGAGCUGGUCAAAGAAAAUCGCACCAUCAUGGUUCUUGGAGCAACUGGUGCUGGGAAGUCAACUCUCAUCAAUGGGAUGAUCAAUUACAUUCUAGGUGUUAAAUGGGAGGAUGACUAUCGCUUUAAGUUAGUAGAUGAAGAUCAGUCAAAAUCACAAGUUCACAGUCAGACUUCUGAAGUCACUGUGUACAAAAUCCACCACCAGGAGGAUUUUACAGUCCCGUUCUCUCUGACCAUUGUGGACACUCCAGGAUUUGGAGAUACGAGAGGCAUAGAAAGAGACGGCGAGAUUGUAGAACAGCUCCGUAACCUCUUCUCUGCUCAGCACGGUGUCAGUGUCAUUGAUGCUGUGUGUUUUGUCGCUCAGGCUGCUUUAGCACGACUCACAGCAACACAGAAAUAUGUGUUUGAUUCAGUGCUCUCGAUCUUUGGCAAAGAUGUGGCAGAAAACAUCAGGAUUCUGGUGACAUUUGCAGAUGGUCAGAAACCUCCAGUUCUAGAGGCGAUCAAUGCUGCAGGAGUCCCAUGUCCUAAAAUCAAAGACGGGCAGCCAGCUCACUUCAAAUUCAAUAAUUCAGCUCUGUUUGCAAACAACAAAUCACCUGAAGCUGAUAGUGUGAGUGAUGAUGAUGAAGGCAGCUUUGAUCAGAUGUUUUGGGAGAUGGGGACAAAAAGCAUGAAGAGAUUUUUUGAUGCUCUGAAUGUCAUAGAAACAAAAAGUUUGACAAUGACAAAGGAGGUCCUCAGAGAAAGAAAGCAGCUCGAGAUUUCAGUGGAGAAUCUGCAGAAACAGGUUAAACUUGGAUUAGCAAAGCUUGAGGAGAUAAAAGAGACGAGUGACAAACUUAAAGAACAUGAAGCAGAGAUCAGCAGAAACGAGAACUUUGAGUUUGAAGUUACUGUCAAAAAACCUGUUCAGGAGGAUAUUUCCCACACUGGAAACUUCAUCACCAACUGUCAGCAGUGUCAUGUCACCUGUCACUUCCCCUGUUACAUACCAAAUGAUGCAGAAAAUAAUGGGUGUGUAGCAAUAGGACCAGAUGGAUGCUGUACAGAGUGUCCAGGCAAAUGUAUCUGGAGUGUACAUUAUAAUCAGAAGUACAAAUGGGGAUAUGAAGACGUCAAAGAAAAAGAACAAUAA